AUGGGAUUUGGAAAGGUUGGAUCAGAAGUUGCCAGGCGUGCUAAGGGACUCGGCAUGCAUGUGAUUGCACAUGACCCAUAUGCCCCUGCAGACUGUGCUUGUGCAAUAGGCGUGGAGCUGGUAUCUUCUGAUGAAGCCAUAUCAGCUGCAGAUUUUAUUUCACUACACAUGCCUCUUACUCCUGCAACAUCAAAAAUUCUCAACGAUGAAGCUUUUGCAAAGAUGAAGAAAGGAGUUCGCAUUGUAAAUGUUGCUCGGGGUGGUGUGAUUGAUGAAGAAGCCCUUGUGAGAGCACUGGAUGCUGGAAUUGUUGCUCAGCACUUGAUGUCUUCACAAAAGAACCACCUCCAAAAGACAACAAGCUGGUGCAACGUGAAAAUGUAA